AUGGCACAGGCGGCAGCCGGGAGCGGCGCGGGGCGCAGCGCCGGGGGCGGCGGGCAUGGGCCACGGCGCGCGCACACACUCGCCCUCCGCCUUGCCCGCACCCCCGCGCACACACACACUCGCACACACACUCGCUCACCCGCGCCGGGCGCCCGCCCGCCCGCUAGGAAGCCGGCGAGGGCGGAGGCGGCGGCGGCAAAGGAGGAGGUCGCGGCUGCAGGCGCCGCUGGAGCUACCGCCUCAGCUGCUGCGGCGAUCGCCGCUGGAGAAGCCCGGGCCCGGGCGGGAGUCCGAGCUGGAGUCGGGGCCGUAGCCCGAGCGGGAGCCGAGGCCGGGACCGCCCUCGCCGCCGCUGCUGUCCCAGUGGGAGCCCUCGUGGGGCUCGGGAGUGCUGGGAACGGGCUGAGCCGAGCAGGACGCCGGGCGAGGCUGCCGGUGGCGAUCAGGGAGCGCGGGUGUCGGGGGGCCAGGUCCAGGGCCGGACGCAGCCAGCCAUUCAGGAAGGCAGCGCUGGAGAGCGGGAGGCAGCCGGCGAGGAAGAUCACACACUUUGCUCUUUUUGUUGUGCCGGUGGCGCCGGGCUCUCGCUGCCUUCUUCUUUCAAGAGGUGACGGAAGGGGGAGAAAAAUACAAGAUAAUUCACGCCGGCGACGAAUUCACAGCGAAAUAGAAAAAAAUAAAAAUCAGAAGAAAAUAAUUGCAAAAAAAGGAAAAAGAAAAAGCAAGAGAGACAUCCAAAGUAGGUCGAAUAAAUAAUCUUCUUUUCCUCUUUCUUGCUCCUUCUUCUGCUUCUUCUGCUAUAACACACAGAGCUAGUUAAAAAAACCCUGGAGAUCGCCCAAAAAUGUUCUUUUUUUAG